GGGUUGGGAAACAGGUCGAGGUUGUAGCAACUUUGACAGCAGCAUGGGUGUCACCAGGAAGUCCUGGGUGCUAUAAAGAGGGGAAACCUCUCUUCUUCCCAUAUCUCUGGCUGCUUCAUUCUAAGGGAGAGGUAGAUAAAACUAAAUCUCUGCAAAGAUGGCGACGAAAUUGGAAUGUGCCAUCAACUGUCUGGUGGAAGUCUUCCACAAGUAUUCCUUGACGGGAGGUCAUCCCCACGCGCUGUCCCGGGAGCAGUUUGGAAAACUAUUAGAGAAAGAAUGUUCAGAGUUUACGAAGAAGUCAAAGAAAACCGUGCCAGAGUUUAUGAAAGAGUUGGACAUCAACCAAGAUGGUUUCAUCAACUUUGAGGAAUUCCUCAUCUUGACACUCAAAAUGGUUAUUGAACACCAUGAGGAUUCACAUAAAGAGUAGCUGCAGCUUUGUUCCAGUGGGGAUGUCUACCUGGUAUUGGGUCUCUAUAGGGCAAUAAAGUGAUUAAUACCUCAA